AUGCCAGCGAUGAAAUUAUUUGAAAUGUCCAUUCGCUUCCUACGUGACCAUCUAGUUAAUGCACUUAAGAAGCAAGUGGAUGGAAUCAAGGAAUUCGACAUUUUGUACGUGAUCACAGUUCCUGCAAUUUGGAAUGACGGUGCAAAACAGUUCAUGCGAGAAGCGGCUGUAAAGGCUGGUCUGGACAGUGAACGAAUCAAGCUUGCACUUGAACCAGAGGCGGCUUCAGCAGAUCAACACGAGCCUCGAGACAGAUCUGAGCAAGACUGGCAGUCAGUACAUGGUCGUAGACCUUGGAGCUGGUUGACCAAAGUAUUCGGAGAGACUACGAUGUCAAGGUUCAGAGAGGAAGAAAUGGAAGACUACUUUGGUUUGUUGCGUGAGUUUGAGACGAAAAAGCGCAUGAUUACCCCAUAUUCUAAAGGACGUGUGACAUUUCGCCUGCCAAUAGCAAUUAGAACCAUUCACGACACGGCAGAGCACCAAUCUAUCGAUCAAAAGCUUGAGCGGAUGAAAAUUACUAAUGACUGUACGCUCACCGUGGUGCCUGGACCGUGCUUGGCGUACUUCCCACGGUACUACUACAACAUGUUCACCGAUCUGUGUCAGAAGUUCAUCUACGGUGGUUGCCAAGGCAACGCAAACAACUUCCACACCUUGGAAGAGUGCGAGCACUUAUGUAGUGUACAGAUUUAA